AUGGGCUCAUCAGACGAGAACCUUUCCGGUAUGGAGCCUCUAAACGAGAAGUCUUCGAACCAGGAGCCUCCACUCGAGGGAGCCUCGGAUCUGGAGACCCUAGAGCAGGUACCACCAAGGCAAAAUUCCUCGAGCAUAGCACCAUCAAGCAUUCGGUCAGCGAUAUUGCAACCAGUCAGUAUACGCUACCUUUUGGGAGCGAAAUCGGACGAGCCGCUCUUUCUACCCGCCAAAGCACCACGACGUUGCAAGGCGAUUCUCGACGAACUCAAAGACCACGAAAUGGAUAUGCCACGACCUGCUGCGACAGUCGACGGCGAAGACAUCGUCGCCGAAGAAAACGACACCGCGAAUAGAGACAGCGCAGUUAGAGAUGCCAGUGUCGAUAAUGAAGACAACGGUGGUGAAGGUAACCUUGCCGGCGAAGAUUACACAGGUCCUGCAAAAUUGGAAGACAUGUUUCGACGCGAGGUGGCGGAGAUCGUGGAGAUAGUCUACAACGAAAUGCUUACUACACGGAUGAUGAAGCAAUUGGGUGCUUAUAGGCAACCGGAACGCAUUCUACUUAGCAAAGCUUUGUUAGAUCCCAAACUCGGGCCCAAAUUCCGGUUUCGCGCGAGGCCUGUAGGUCAGAAUCUAGAGCCGAAGCCGAGACUGAUCGGCCAUGUAGAGUAUUUGGGAGGAAGACCGGGAGCGUUGACCUGGGCCGUUGAGGGGGCGGGCAAGAACUCUUGGGGGAGCCUGAGAUGCGUACUGGGAGAUAUAGCUUGGUGCAUGCUGAAGAUCAGCACAAGCUAUGGUUUCCUCGUGAGCAGCGAUGAGGUCAUGUUUCUACGUCUCGAUGUCAACACAUGUAUUGAAGAGGUUGACAUCAACAUACUCAAGCCCGAGCUGUCUCCACUAUUCGACUGGGUCGAUGUCCUGCAAGAGCCACAUCUCUUCUACUCAGAUCCCAUCAAGUUUACCGAUGCAUUUGAUUUAGCGGAGGGGAAGAUUACGGUGAAGAUGGGUUUGUUGCAUAUGAUACACGAAAUCGUAGUCAAGGAUUGGGAGUUGCAGGAUAACAAAGGGAGAUGCGCCGGGUAUUUCAAGAGAACAGAGGCUGGAGAGAAAUGGGUAAUGAAACCGCCGACGAGACGGUAG